UAUCAAUUACUUUUUCGUCAAGAAAAAAAGUUGUUACAAAUACGGAGCCUGCGUGCGUGCGAUAUGUGCGAAUGUACUGUCCAUGCAUAUCUAUUUGUGUGUGUGAGAGUAUGCGAUGUUGCUAUAGACAAACUAAACGGCAAAGAUAACUACACGCACUCUCACACUCACGCACAGUUUGUUUCGGUACUAUUGGUGAGACACGCCAGGUUCUUGUUAACAACAGCUGUAUUGCCCAUCCUUUCAUAAGAAUUAUAUGGCGUGGUUACUCUGAUCUAUCGCGUGUCACAUUAGCGUUGAUGAAACACGCACAGAACAUAAAGAGCAACGUGUCCAUGGUUUCGAUGCAUAACUUUUCUGUUUUAUGGUGAUAGUCGUAAAUAGUCGUCGUUACAAUGUAUCAAUGGUAUGUAUGUCCGAUAUAUGUUAUAUUGCAGUAGCAUAACAUAAGUAAUAAAG